AUGUUAUUUAAAACAAUUGCUCUUUAUAUCACUCUUUUAUCAUCAAUUGUUGAAGCUUCACCAAAACAUCAACAACAUCAACAUGGUAAACAAAUUGAAGGUAAAAAUGUUUCAUCAUUAUUUAAAAGAGGUUCAUCAUGUAAAUUCCCAACUGAUAAAGGUUUAGUUGCUGUUCAAAAAAAUGGUAAAAAUGGUGGUUGGGCCAUGCAUAAUGAUCAAGAAUGUACUUCUGGUUCUUGGUGUCCAUAUGCUUGUCCACCAGGUCAAUUAAUGGGUCAAUGGGAUCCAGAUGUUAAAACUUAUUCAUAUCCAGGUUCUCAAAAUGGUGGUAUUUGGUGUAAUGAUGAUGGUGAAAUUGAAGAAAAAAGACAAGGUUCAUAUUGUGUUAGUGGUGCAGGUACUGUUAGUGCAAAUAAUAAAGUUGGUGAAAAUGUUGCAUUUUGUCAAACUGUUUUACCAGGUAAUGAAGAGAUGUUGAUUCCAACAAAUGUUGAUGGUAAUAGUAAAAGAACUUUGGCUGUUCCAGGUUCUGAUUAUUGGGCUGGUACUGCUGCACAUUUUUAUAUUAAUCCACCAGGUGUUUCUGUUGAUGAUGGAUGUAAAUGGGGUUCAAAAGAUAAACCUCAAGGUAAUUGGGCUCCAUAUGUUGCAGGUGCAAAUCAAAAUGAUAAUAAAGAUACAUUUGUUAAAAUUGGUUGGAAUCCAAUUUAUUUAGAACAAGAUACUCCAUUUAGAAAUGAAAAACCAGAAUUUGGUAUUAGAAUUAAAUGUGAUGAUGAUUCAUCAUGUUCAGGUGGUCCAUGUGAAAUUGAUCCAAGUAAAGAUGGUGUUAAUGGUGUUAAUAAUGGUAAAUCUAAACGUUCAACUUCAGGUGCUGGUGGUGCUGAUUUUUGUGUUGUUACUGCUAAAAAUGGUGCAAAAGCUAGUAUUGAAGUUUUCAAAACUGGUGGUGGUGGUUCAUCAUCAAAUAAAAAACGUCAUGAACAUGCUGGUCAUCAAGGUAAUAAAGUUACAACCACUGAAACUGUUUUCCAAACCGUUACCGUUAAUUAG